AUGUUGAAUAGGAUGGAUAGUCAACAAAUUCAACAAGUACCGGUUGUUAACAUUAAAUCGGUUGAUUAUAAUUCAGCACUCAAUUGCCUCAUUGGAAUAAAUAACAAAAAUGAACUCUUUGUGUGUAAUGCUGAUAGGUUGUUAACUGUCUAUUUUCAGACACAAUCAGAUGAAAUAGUUGAAAUAAUAUCAUCGCAUGACAAAUGUUUGUUCAUAACAUCAACGCACAUUUAUGCUCGACAAUUAUAUCAAGGUCUAUAUUUAUUGAAUACAAUAAAAUCAAUUAAUAAUAACAAUGUUCAAAUUGAAUUAACAUUAUCCGAUGCACAACUGUUACUACAGUUUCUAACUAGCAUUGAUUCAUCAAGUAUACCUCAUUUAACAACAUUCUAUGAUUAUCUAAGGCAAAAAGUCGAAUCAAAUUCAGCAAGCACCAUCGCUAAUCAACAGUGGCAAAUCAUCACAUUUAGUUAUGAUUGUCCGCUAUUAAUAAAAAUAUGUUCAGAUACAAUUCGACUGUCAAAACUAGUGAAGAAACAGCCACCACCUGGUUUUGUUGUUAUUGGCUUAUUAUAUGAUUAUUUAACACGUUGUCAACAACAGAUACCAGAGAAUAAUUCUGGCGAUGAUGCUGAUUCAACAAGUAAAGAAAACUCAAGUAGUGAAUCAUCGUCAUUUGAACAUAUAACAGUAAUAACACCUGGUGAGAUAACACUAUCAUCUAAAGGUGCUCAGAAACCCAUGCUGAGUGAAGCAACACGUUUAAGUACAUUUUCACUUUGGCCACAUUCAUCGUGUCGUUGGUUAUCACCAGAAGCUAUGGCGGCGGCGGGUUUUUAUUACUCAGGACUGAAAGAUAAUGAUGAUCGAGCACUAUGUUUUGCGUGCACAGUGUGUUUAGUAUGCUGGGAGCCGUUAGAUAUGCCAACAUCUGAACAUGAACGACAUUCACCAAAUUGUCCAUUCGUCAAAGGGGAAUUUACAGAAAAUGUACCAAUACGAACAACGUGUGCCACACAGCCAGGAAAAAAUAUUUACGAUACAGACACAAAAUGGUUAAUUAAAUCAAAUGAACUGAUAUCUAAUCGAUAUCUAUUGUUUAUGGAUGAACAAUGGUUAAUUCGUUUGUGUGACAUAAACUGUGUGCUCGAUAUUUAUACAUUAUUGUCAUUUAAACCUGUUGUUAAAAAGCUGAGUGAACCUGUUAUGGACUUUGAUCAUGCAGUCAGUUCGUGCUGCACAAUAUCGAUAAACUCGGUUGAUCCAAUAACAACGAAAUAUCAAACAGCACUUAUUCCAUUAGCAUUAACAAUGUUUGAUAAACAAUCGUAUUCACCCGAUGUUUAUCUUAUUUUUUGUCUUUCCCACGUUUCAAAUACAAACACUUGUUGUCUAAUUGGUAUUACGGUAAAGCGCCAAAUUUCAUCGACACCCUCUUCUCAAACAACAAUGCUUAGUAGUCGUGGAUAUGAAAAUGAUCAUCAACAGCAGCCAAUAUUUCCAUAUAUGUAUACGACAGACGAUUAUCACAAACCAACAUCAUUCUAUGAAAAAUCAGCGUUUAUUGAAGACGAAGAGGAAACAUUUGAUAAAUCAUCAGGUGGAGGAUCCGUUGUGCAAGUGGAAGAUGAUUCAUAUUCUAAAUAUCACGGAUUUUCUAUUUCACAUUUUAUAGAUUUACAAAACAAAAAGAAAAAGAAGCCGACAGCGCCUUCAUCAUCUCCAUCACAGGAACCACAACCACAACAAAUAAAGAAUAUAAUGAAAGCGUUGGACAAAACAAAAUCAAAUCAAGCAGAAAUGAUAACUGAUCAGAAUGACGAAAAACAAAAACCAGAUUUAUCAUCAAAGGCGAGAGAUGUCAAUUUAAGUUCACCUGGUGAAGAUGAAAAUAAAUCGAAAAAUAAUUUAAUAAACAUCGAACAUAUGAUUGAAAUUUCUAAUUUAAAACAAGAACCAAAACAAGGAUACACUUACCAGUUAACAAAUCGUAAAUUAUUGAUAUUCAUUAGUACUGAUAAUUUUGUAUAUUCAUUUAUUUUAAAAAUUCCACUUGAUUCCAGUCCAAUCAAAGUUAUUUCAGCAGACUAUGUUUGCCAAAAUGAAUCGACAGUAAGCUCUGUUUGUCCGUUGUUUCUUGAAGACGAUCAAGAUGGUGACUUUAUCGAAGAGGAUACAACCGACGAAGAACUAGAAGAGGAAGAAGAAACAACAACAGAGAUAUUGAAUGAUACUAAUGAAUUGGGUGUCGAAUUUGGUUGUCGUCUUGAAACAAGAAUAAAUAGUGAACAAACAACAGAACAAAGACGAAAAUGUUACUUAUUUUUAAUGAAAUCAGGUUGUUUGGUUUUAUAUGAUGCGUAUAAGUCAAUGAGAAAAAUAUCAGAAUUAAAUUUGAUAGGCGAUAUUAAUAACACAUCGCAAGAACAACUGGUCACAGCUGGGUAUGUUUCAACACCUCUACCAUAUCACAUAGAAAAAUGUGUACAGAUUCGAGGAACAGAAACAAUCUAUGUGUGGAGUCACGAAAACGUUUAUGAACAUAAUCUUCGUGAUUUAUUUCCGUUGUAUUUUAUUAAACAUGAUGACAAAACAACUACACCAUUAGUGCCUCUGUUACAUCCAGUCGACAAACAACGAUUAUCAGCAGUGAGCACUGAUGACUCGCCACAACUGUCAACGACUAUGCCAGAGAGUUCUGUUUAUUCGCUAGUUGCAUUACGUCAACUGCUUUCGCUCACCAAAUAUGAACAAGAUUCCAUUAUUUUUUUUGCUCAACACAAUCAAUAUUGGAUUGACAUCCUAUCUGAGCAACAACAAGUUAAUAAACAUUUAAUGAAUGAAAAACGACACCCAAUGAAUCAACGUCUAUCAUCUUCUACUCGAACAUGGCGUUUACGAAAUUGUUCAAAAGAGUCAAGUACAACAACUACGAUACCACUUUACACUCAUAUAUUUGAUAUUCAAACCACCAUGCCAUGUAUU